UUGAGUGAUUUGUUUAUUUAUUGAUUAUUUAAAUUGAAUAAUUUUCAUUACGAAUUACGAUAAUAUUGUAAUCUGCAACUAAGAUUAUACAAUUAUUGAAAAUUCAGGUCCAAGAUAUCUUACCAAAUUAGAGUUAAAAUUAAAAAUAAAUAGUUUUUUUUGUGAAUAAUUUUCUAUGAGAUCUAGAAGUUGGCCAAGAUGUUAGCCCAUCAAAUAGAAAACGAUUCUAGAAGCCAGGAUGUAGUGGUUGUAGAAAACGUAACAUUUGACUCUUUAUUAUUAUCAGGAAAAGUAGCUCAAGGAUUAACAAAAAAUGGUUUUAAGAAACCUUCACCAGUUCAGUUGAAGUCCAUUCCACUUGGAAGAUGUGGAUUCGAUCUAAUUGUGAAGUCUAAAUCAGGUACAGGAAAAACAUUGGUUUUUUCAUUGAUUGCCUUAGAAUCACUUAAUAGUACCAAAUUAAAAAAACUGGAAGUUUUGAUCUUAGCACCAACAAGGGAGAUAGCAGUCCAAAGUCAUGAUUUUAUCAAACAAAUAGGAUGCUUCUUUGAAGGUCUGAAGGUAGAAUCGUUCAUUGGAGGACUACCAUUAGCAGAAGAUAAACAAAAGUGCCAAAACUGCAACAUAGCUGUGGGUACACCAGGCAGAAUAAAACAUCUAAUAUUGGACAAGACACUUAACGUUAACUCUGUAAAGCUAUUUGUGCUAGAUGAAGCUGACAAACUGAUGGAAAGUAGCUUCCGUAAUGACAUAAAUGAAAUAUACAACAGUCUACCAACUAAGAAGCAAAUCAUAACCACUAGUGCCACUUAUCCUAACCAGUUGGAAGAGUUUUUAUCGAAGUAUAUGUUAUCACCAACACACAUAACAGCAGAACUAGAGAGUCCUCUGCUAUUAGGCUUAAAGCAAUUUGUGGUUGUCACUAAACCAUAUUCAAAUGUAGCUCAACAACUCAAAGCCAAAACAGACGCAUUGGUUGAUAUAUUCAAUAACAUUUCGUUUACUCAGUGCCUGGUUUUUUCUAAUUUCCAAACCAAAGCUGAGAGUUUGAGUAAUAUUCUGAACCAGAAGGGAUGGCCUUCUACAUACAUUUCUGCAGCUCAAACUCAAGAACAACGAUUGGAAGCUGUGAGUGUGCUGAAAGAGUUUAAAUGUAGGAUUAUGUUGUCGACUGAUUUAACUGCCAGAGGUAUAGAUGCUGCCAAUGUAGACUUGGUUAUUAAUUUUGACAUACCAAUCGACUCUAUGACUUACCUACACCGAAUGGGAAGAGCAGGAAGGUAUGGUUCGUCUGGAGUGUGCAUCAACUUAACGUCUCAAGGCAAAGAAUUAACUCAUCUGCAGGAAAUACUUGGUCAAAUAGGAGGAAACACUUUAACAAUACCAAAGUUACCGAAAAUAAAUGGUAGCAUCUCAGAUUUAUUAAAAAUUGAAGUCCCGUUAACUGAUCAUAUCGCUAGCAAGGUAAAGAACGAACUAGACGAAUCUAUUACGAAAACUAAAAUGUAUGAAAACAAGACAAAACAAAAAAGUCCAAAUAAAGAUAAUGACGAUCCUGCAAGAUCUGAAGGUGUUCAUGAUGAUCAAGAAGCAAUCUCACAAAAUAUUAGUGAUGAUGAUCAAGAAUUCGUAAUGGUUCAUAUUGAUCAAGAAGCAAUUCCGCAAAAUAUUGGUCUGACUGAUAUACUUCAGAAUACUCAACAAGAAAUUGAGGAGGUUCGAAAACAAAUAUCAGAAAUGGACACCGAAUCAAUUUUGCACUCACUGCUCAAUCAAAAUUUGAAUAUAGAAGUACCUUCAAACAAUUCCCUAAAAACUAACACCAACAAGCCAUUUGAUGCUCAAGCUGUCUUGGAUGUAUUGAAGGAAGGUUGUAAACCUACAACAACCAAAAAUGACGACAAUUACAAGAAAACAGUUCCUAAAGUUGAUGCCGAAGAAGAGCUUAAAGAAAACCUAUUGACUAAAAAUAAGGCCCUACUGAGUACAUCACAAAUAUUAAGUAACUCUAGUAUUACAGAGGGGCCAUUUUGUAUUGAGCAGCAUCUGAAAGUGGUGAAAUCUCAAUUUAAGAAUGAAAUUAGUGAACUUUCCAAAAACAGUGUAUCAGAUAUACUAAAGAUUAUUAACACAAAAGAAAAUCCGAAGAAAAGUGAUGAUAAGCCUAAGCAAGACGGUACUGGUUCUUUCGAUGUGCCAUCUUCUUCCAAAAGUUCCAAACUUCCAAAACAGAAAAGUGAUGAUAAGCCUAAGCCAGACAGUACUGGCUGUCUAGAUGUUCCAUCUUCUUCCAAAACUUGCCAUGAAGAAGAAAGUGAGAGCGAAAGUUUAUUUCACUUGGGAUAUAAACACUUGGUGCUGUCUGAUAAUGACGACUGGAAGGAGGUGUUAAAGAAGCGUUGUGAUGCUGAUACUUCAGUAAAAUCGAAUACACCAAGUUAUCGUCGAACAAGUUCAGAAAGUGACCAAGAAGUGAAGCAUAAAAAACACGGAAAGCCACGCAGAUAUUCUGCAGUACAUGACGAAUCGUCCAGUCAGUCAGAACCGAUGGACAGUCAGAUGGUAUGGUCAUCAAAUCCAGAAGAAAACUCUAUGUUAGAGAUGGAAUGGCGACGGCAAGAAGUAGCUAUGAGAUGGAUACCUGUAGAGGAAGAGUAUUAUGAGGAAGCAAACGUCAUGGAACAUACAGACGAAGAGAUGGAAUGGCGUAGACAGGAAGAAGCUAUGAAGUGGGUAGAGGUUAAGACACCUCGUACCGCAAACCAUGUCACUCCCACCUGCGUUUUAGAGCUACGGAAAGGUUCUAAUGAUGCUGAAUAUGGACACUACAGUAGUUAUAUGGAGCAACUGGAUGACAAGUUGUGGCAGAAUGGUUUAGAGUUCAAUAGCUCCGAAUCAUUUAACGACUGGUUCAGUUUCGAGUGGGAGUUAGAGCUGCAAGCUACAAGAAAUUAUAUAGAGCAAAAUAUAUAUGUAAGUGAGAUGAAUAAGUUCCAGAAAUAAAUUUAGUACAAAAUAACAAAUAUUUACUUUUUACAUUGCCGACUGAUCUGAAUAUGUAGUUAAAUAUUUACCUUUUUGUAGUCAAGUAUAUGUAGUUAAGUAUUUGUUUUAAAUGAAAUGUUUAUAACGUA